AUGAAUUCACCACCUCCCUCGUUGUCCCCUUUCCCUCCACCGAUACCCGUCGACACUCACCCGAACCGUUCGAACCCUCCUGGACUAGAGCGAACCCUACCCGACCCCAAUCGUCUGGCACCGGAGGACGCGUACUUUGCGCAUUCUAUCUCAAGGAUUCGCUCCGCGCCUGCGCACUAUGCGGAUAAUUUCCGCGCCCUGAACGGUGAUGCUACGGCCACCGGCAUGGCCGCGUUGCGGCCGGAGACUGCACUGCUCGGUGCGAAUCCAAACCACAAGGAUAUUCGGAGACUGCGAGGGACGAGCGGACGUCGGAGGCGGAAGGGAGCUUGGAAAAAGCUUCUCUGGGUCAAGCAGUCAUAUCCAGAUAACUACACCGACACCGAAACUUUUCUAGAUCAUCUGCAGCGGAACCCUCGGGUCCGCCCUUACGAUUUCUGGCCUCUCGUGGCUGAUUCCACUGUGAUUGUGCAACAUGUGUGCUCCGUCGUCAUUUUUGUCUGCUGUUUCGUCGGGAUCGUCCAGGAUAGAGUGAGCCCCGUCUCGAUCGUUUGCUGGGGGAGUGUCGGCACUGCAAUGGGCUGGACACUGUGGGACAACUGGAUCGGGAAAGAGCAUGAGGAAGCUCCACAGGUUGCAGAUGGCACCGCGGGAGUUGACGAUGGCUCCAGCUCCAGCUCGAUGACUAGCGCUGCCAACCCGCAUGGCAAUCAUGCGCAGCCUAAUGGUUCCACCACCAGCCCGAUCCAUGGGCUUGGUCUGACGAUGUCUAGCAACGAAUCUCGGGAGCAACUGUCUAGGCCAAGCACAGAUCUCGCCGGAAGCUCUGACGCAGUGCGGGAUGCAACCACACACAAUAUAGCACCCUCGGCCUCCCCAGCCACCGUCUUGGGCAAUACCGAAGCUUCAUUACUCCCGGAAGCCAGCCGAUCAUCACUUUUCUCAUCUCGCAAUCGACAGCGUCUUUCUACCGUCAAAUCGGCCUUUUUAAUCUAUUUUUCCCUGCUCGGACUCAGUCCGAUUCUUAAAUCGCUGACAAAAUCCACUGCGAGCGACUCCAUCUGGGCAGUGAGCUGUUGGCUCUUAAUCACGAAUAUUUUCUCCUUUGACUACGGAAGCGGAGAGGGCGCCGACGCCACCAAAUUCCCGGCUUCUCUUUCUACCAAUGCCGCCGUAAUGGCGUCCACGGUACUCGCGUCCCGUCUUCCGACCACCACCCACGUGUUCAGCCUGAUGCUUUUUUCAAUGGAAGUCUUUGGUCUGUUCCCCAUCUUCCGCCGCCAAUUGCGUCAAAAGUCCUGGACGGGCCACGCUCUUUUGACCUUUGCCUUGGUGGUUGUUGCUGGAGGUGCCGUGGGCGUCACACUCAGGGGCGGAUGGGCAUCAGCCAUCAUCGGCUCCGUGCUAGGGAGCAUCUUGACUGCGUUGGCCAUGGGCGGUUGUAGUUGGUGGCUCAUUUCCCUGCAGAAGUACAAGAAUGUGGUCAUUGGGCCCUGGGAUCCUGCCCGGCCUAUUAUUCGGCGGCAUUGGAACUAG